AUGUCCCUCGCAACCCUCCCCCAAACCCCCCUCCACGUCCUCGGCCUUGUCCUCCGCCACCUCGACACCCUGCACUCCCUCGGCGCCGCCAUGAGCCCGGCCACCGCCCGCCUCGCCUACGCCGCCCACGUCGCCCGCCGCGGCAUCCCCCGCGACCGCGAUGCUCUGCGACGGCUCGCCGACGACUGGCUCGUCCCCCUGGACGCCGACGACAUCUCCGCGCACGCCGGCAGCGAGGGCGGGCCCUUGGGGGUCUGGCCGUGGGGAUUGUCGCUCGCCGACGUCGUCGCCAUGAGCCGCGCGCACGGCGUGGUCGAGGCGCUGACGAAGAGGUUGGUGGACGGCGCGCUGCCGGCAUGCGCGGAGCUGCUCGGUCGUGAGGGGCCGGCGAGGGCGACGGAGGCGGAGAUCACGCGCAUACACAGGCUGCUCUACGGCUACGAGAUCUACUGCGGGCUGCUGUUCCGCGACGCCGGCGACUGCGCCGCGACGGAGCAGCCGGGAGACGACACGGCGGCGGCGGCGGCGGCGGCGGAGGCGGCGGCGUGGCGCGCAGAGGUCAACGCCCAGCUCAGCGCCUCUCUGUACCGGGAUAACGUCGCCAGGGCGCACAGCCAACUAGCCUGCAUCCACGACUUUCUGGAGGACAUUGUGCUACAAGCCUUCAAGCAGGUUGCCAUGUAUGAUGUCACCUGGGGCGCCCACCACGUCGACUACCUGUCCACCGGCAGCGCCAACGAGCACGUCCAGGCCUAUCUCUCCCUCGGACUCGACUACAUCUACAAACUCUCCGUCGCCAACACUGCCCUGCCACGCUCCGCCUCCCCGGACGCCCGCCUCCGGCACUUCCGCCGGCUGCGAGGGAUGCUCCUCACCCACCGCUCGCCGCCGCUGCCCGCUGCCGCCGCCGCAAACGCAAACAUCGACGCUGCUACCGCGGCGGUUGAGCGCCGGCACGCUCGCCACCUGUGGGACGAGCCGGUCGGCCCGCCGUACCCUCCCCAGGUCGCCGCCCGCCGCGAGGUGCUGGACCGUUGGAUCGCGGAGGAGGCGGCCCACCAGAAUGAGGUCGAGGAGACGGAGCGCCCGGCCAUGAAGCGCUCCUGGGCGCGGCGCGAGGCGAUGCACGCCCAGGGCUACCGGGGAUUUUACAUGGGGAAUCCAUAG